AUAUUUAAGGAUUUGAUGCAACUACAUCAUUUUUUCUUUCAUUUUCAUAGGCCAGCAGAUAUACCAGAAAUUCUUUGGUUUGAAGAAGAAAAUGAAUUAAUUCGUAGUUGUGGAGUACUUUCUUCGGCACUUGGACUUCGCAAAAGUUUUAGCACGAGCGACGUAUCUCAACUGCCAAGUCCAGAUAUAUUGGGGCCGAAUGGGUUGCGAUCAGCUGUAUCUACUUUGGCCCUUAACACUGCCCAAAGAAAUACUUUGCUUUUGGAACAUGCACGACUUGAUCAUGCUUCGAGAUCCUGCAGCACAUGGGUUGCUGUUGGUGAACCAGUCGCUAAUACAUCGCAACUUCCUAGUCCUCAUGGCGGAGCUAUGCAAGAACAACAAUGUCAGCAACAAACAUCCAGUUCUCAAUCAGCUCAACAACCUUCUACUGCAUCACAUCCAUCCAUACCUUUCACAGGAGCUGAUUUUGUUAGGUCUGUGAAUAAGAAGGUUCGCCAAAAUUAUAUACGUCGAAGGUUGGUUUAAGAAUUAUUAAUUAUUAUUCAAUUUUAUAUUUUCUUCGUAAAUAUGCAGAAUAAAAAAAGAUAAUAUUGCUUAUGAAACUGAUUUGGCCUCUGGAUAAAUAGAGAUCGGUCACAAAAUAGAUCACAAAAUAGAUUUUGACCUUGAUACUCAAGGUAUUUGUUUAUUGUUCUGUAUCCUACUUAUUACAAGAUUAAAUCUCAGUUAGUUUCUCAGUUAUUUUUAAUUCUUGUUUUAGUUUAAUAUAUUACAUUCCUAUCUUAGUUAUUUCUAAAUCAUAUCUUAAUUAAAUCUCAGCAUAUAGUACUGGAAUUAUAUAGUGCAACUUAACCAUUCUCUUGAAAGUUAUAUUAAAGUGUCAUUAGCUGUUAGACUAAGUAGAUACAUAAGUAAUUUUAUCAUUUCAUUCUUCACCAACAUACUUUGGUAAUGGUAUCAAUUAUGGAAUUGAUGCCAUCUAUUAGUAUGGUAUGUAAAAAUUCACUUUGUGUUAUUGAUAAAAUAUAUGCAAAUUCAAUAAAAAAUAAUGGAAAAGUAAUGGAAGAAUGGAAUAAUGGAAGACAAUAAGUUUCAAUCGAUUAAAAAUUUUGGAACUAGUCAAGAAAAAUGUGAUGGACUAUAACAGUUAGUGCAGUUAUGUUGUAAACAUAGAGAUUGUAACUGAUUUUAACUUGUCAGUCUGUGCAGGUAAAUAAACAAGGUCAAUAUUAUUGUCAAUGAUCCCUACUCACAAAUUUACAAUUUCUGAAUCGUGGGGGGAGGAUUGAAAAUUCUAUUUGCCCAAAUUAGCAUUCUUUUGACUUAAAUGGUUGCUAUUGGAAAAGCCACUUUUAUAAAUGAAUAUAGCGAUAAGCUGUAUUAUACAAAGCCAUCAUUAAUGGAUAUGCACGUACGACAACGAAACGUUUGAUGUUCAGCAGGAGACUGUGCUAAAAGUUUUUGACUGAAGUACUGAUCGAGUCGCUAAAAAUUAUAAUAACUUGAAAUUUUUUCUAGGCAUAAUACUGUUCCGUUAUUCAUUAAUUUUCUGUUGUUUCAAUAAUGGCACGAAGCAGUACGAGAACAUUUCUAUGUCAACUAUAAUCUGAUCGGAUCAUAUUAAAUUUAAUUUACUUUACUCUCCAAAUAUGAAUAAUAGGUUGAUUAACCACUAUUAUAUUUUAUUAUGGUAUUAUACAUUCUUCACAGUAAAUAUCCAAAUGGUUGUCUUUAUUUACGUCAUAUGUGACAUUGAAAUGUAAACACAAUAGAACCUCCAUUAAACCGUUUCAUGAAGAACCAAAACGCAUUAGAUAAUCGAGACUUAAGUUAUACGCGCACUAGCUACAAUAUGUCCGACAACAGUUUUGUAGUUUACGAAAAGAGUAUUCAUCUUGCGCGCAUUUGCCGAUGCGACUACAACUUGCCUUUUUCAAACCUUCUUGUUACUAGAAAAGAAAAAAUUGAACUUUUGAUUGAUGUGAGCAAGAGUGAAAAAAUUCGCGCGCAACAAAUUGUCGCUAGUGCGUGUAUAGCCUUAGAAAGAAAAAUUAAAAAUUUAUAUGCACGAUAGGCAUGUUAUUUCAUAAGAAAUGCAGUUGCUUGUUUGUAUAUAUACAUAAUAUCUAACAUAUCACAAUACAUAACAUACACAUCUAUUUAUUAUUCAUAUACAUAGAUAAUUGUAUCUACAGGUGUCUCAUUUUAAUCAAUCCACACAAUUAUUUCUUAAAAUAUUCAUUAUUCGGAAAAAAUGUUUAAAAUUUACUUUAUUUCAAUGGGGACAUCUUGUGAUGAUGACAAAUCUUAUUUAAAUGGAUGUGUUCCGAAAUAUCAAGGUGAUCUUUGUUUUUUCUUAAAUGGAAUUAUACAUUCCUUUAUACACCAUUCAAUGUAUAUUUUAAUUCUGUUCAAAAAGUUAUUAAGAUACUUGGGUCAAAAAAUGUUUAGUUUAAAAGACAUUUUAGCUUUAAUGUUGUAAAACUUAUCAUAUAAAUGAUAAGAAACGAAAACGCAAUACUUUUUUGUUUGUGUUUUCCUUAUCUUACAUAUGAUAAUUUCUGCAACAUUAAAGUUAAAAUAUCUUUUAAACUAAUCAUUAUUCGAUCCAAGAACUUUAAUACUUUUUGCAGAAUUAGAAUGAGAAUCAAAUGACGCAUAAAAAAACAUAUAGUGGCAUUUUAAAAAAUAAAGGUUA